UGCUCUGUAAGCUAAUGGAUUUUCUCUGAUUGGCAAUACAUUGUGGUGACUGGCUUUUCUGUUCUGUCUGGAAACAGGAUGGCUGGCAUCCCAGUGAAGGACCGUGUGAAGGUGUCUCAGAACUGGAGGUCAGGGCGCUGUCGAGAGGCAAUUCUGAUGAAGUGGAAAUGCAGUCAGAUGCCCUGGAUGCAGCUAGAGGGUGAUUCUCUGUACAUCUCCCAGGCUAAUUUCAUCUUGGCCUACCAGUUCCGCCCAGAUGGUGCCAGCUUGAAUCGCCGGCCCCUGGGAGUCUUCGCCGGGCAUGAUGAGGAUGUUUGCCACUUCGUGCUGGCCAACUCGCACAUUAUCAGUGCCGGAGGAGAUGGGAAGAUUGGCGUUCAUAAGAUUCACAGCACCUUCACUGUCAAGUACUCGGCUCAUGAACAGGAGGUGAACUGUGUGGACUGCAAAGGGGGCAUCAUUGUGAGCGGCUCCAGGGACAGGACAGCCAAGGUGUGGCCUUUGGCCUCGGGCCGCCUGGGGCAGUGCUUACACACCAUCCAAACUGAAGACCGAGUCUGGUCGAUUGCUAUCAGUCCACUGCUCAGCUCUUUUGUGACAGGGACAGCUUGUUGUGGGCACUUUUCACCCCUAAGAAUCUGGGACCUCAACAGUGGGCAGCUGAUGACACACCUGGGCAGUGACUUUCCCCCAGGGGCUGGGGUGCUGGAUGUCAUGUAUGAGACCCCUUCUACCCUCCUGUCAUGUGGCUAUGACACCUAUGUUCGCUACUGGGACCUCCGUUCCAGUGUCCGGAAAUGUGUCAUGGAGUGGGAGGAGCCCCAUGACAGCACCCUGUACUGCUUGCAGACAGAUGGGAACCACCUGCUGGCCACAGGCUCCUCCUACUAUGGCGUAGUACGGCUGUGGGACCGGCGCCAAAGGGGCUGUCUGCAUAUUCCCCGCAAACAAAGAAGCUACACUAGAUGUAAGACACUAGGAAAAAGCUCAGGACAGAGCAACCCUGCCCCUCGCUAGUGCCUGUGCCAAGCAGGUGCAUUCUCGUGACUUCAGAGAUGACGUCCUGUAUCCCGUCACGCUCUUCCGACAAAAUCUCCUCCCCACCCUCAGCCCAGCUCCUGGUCCUUCCUCUUCAGGGAGCUGAGAAAGGGCACAAGAGGCCAGCUUGGACAAGAGGCUGAAAGCAGAUGCCAGGCUGCUGUGGCUAGUCAGCCCCGGGGGCAUGCCCCAAACCCCUCCAGGGGGGAAUCCUUCACACCAAACAGCCUGCACAGACAGAGCCGGCCAGGAAUCUCCAGUCACUCGGGCCCUAAGAAAACCAGCAAGUGGAUCUUGCUUUUUCUUUGGCCAUCAAGACUGGCCAAACCCCUCCUAGUGAACUAUCACCCACCAACUACAGGCUGACAGAAGUCCGGCAGAGAAAUUGGUGUCAUCCAGAGCUUUCUAAACUGACGUGACCACAGAAUCCUUUUCUAGCCAUGCCUAUUAAUUUCGCCCACAGUGGUAGCACCAGCACCAUGAUAUCAGCCAGGUUCCCCUCACACUUAGAUUCCAAGAACUGUGGCGGGCCUGCAUCAGGUGUGUGUACAGAGACCCUUUCACCCACAUCCCCAAACCACAGGCGAGGAGGGCUGGAGGAUGCUGUGGCAGCCGAGACCUUGCCCGAGUGAAUACAGCUACUGAGGCAGCUUCCGCCCCGCCCGCAUCCUCCCACUGCAGCACUCUGGCUCACUCUACUUCCAGAGGCCAACUUCUGGGCGGAAGCUAAGAACAUUCUUUCUGCACAAGUGCUCUUAUCAGGGGCAGUGCCACCCUGGGGCCUGGAGACGCACUCCUUUCCUUGGUUCACCCCUCACCCGAGACCAAGGGCGAAAUACACUAGAAGCCAUUCCGUCAUGAAAAGGGGCCAACUAGUUCUUCGGGGAGCAGAGAAUGCCAAAGGAAUCCUUGCUUUGGUAGGUAACCACGUUCUAGAAUACUAAGACUGGGAGCGUCUAGGUCGGAAAGAGGUCAGACAACCGAUAUGAUCUGCCCCUGUCUGGUGAGAACUGUGCACGCCUAGACACUGGGAGCCACUGUCCCUGACCUUCCCUUCAGUGGGCCAGUCCAUCACACUGCCUUCAUGGAUACACACCCUGCCCCCUUCUGGAAAGAGUGAAGAUCAGACAACGUUUUUUUUUUUUUUAAGUAUCUUGAAAACCUUAGCCCUGCUCAGAGGCCCCGCCAUUGAGUUCUGUUUCCUGCGUGGGGGUCAAGUCGGAGAACCAAGUGGAAGGUUCGGGAGGGAGCAGCACAGGGACCUGAGCAGGGCUGGUCUGGCAUACUGGACUAGACCUCAGUGGGGCCUCCAGGUCCUUCCCUGCCCCCCAGGGUACCACUCCCACCCCGCUGGGCCAAGGCACCAAGGUGGGCCUCUAGCGUGGAGCGCUAGGCCAACAGCGCCACCUAUGGCUAGAUACGAGCAGGAGAUGAGACCCAGAGGAUUGGCCUGCAGAUGAAUUUUUUGGUGAGCUAGCGAGCCUCUCUCCUCGCUUCCUGGUAAUCACAUUUCAGCCUGAUAUCUGUAUUCGACAGUGACCUCUGGGGGACAAAAGGGAGGCAGCAGCCAGCUUCACAAACUGCUGGGCUGCAGAUUCAAGUGCUAUCAGAAGCACUUUUGUUCCUAGUCUGGACCCAUGGUCUCUUCCGCCAGGGAAUGCUUGCUGAAGCACGGAGUUUGUUUUCCUAAAGGCAAUUUCUCUGUUGUCUGAAAUUGCUAAAUUCCACUUUCGGCACUGACUCCUGUUAAUGAUGAGAACAAUAACGGGAAUAAACUGCCUUUUAUCUGA